AUGGCUUCAGUGUUUUUUCCUGGGCAUGAAGCACAUCACCUUCUGCUGAAUCACCCCAUUCAAGUGAACGGUACAUCGAAGAAUGCACUGCAGCUCGCCAUUGGUGUCCGACUGAAUGAGCUGUGUCAUGGGGAGAGUGAGAGCCCUGCCAACCUACUGGGUCUCAUCUAUGAUGAGGAGACCAAGAGGAGGCUGAGAAAGGAGGAUGAGGAGGAAGACUUUUUAGAUGACAGUACUGUGAACCCCUCUAAAUGCGGCUGCCCCUUUGCCCUGAAGAUGGCAGCAUGUCAGCUGCUCCUGGAGAUUACCACCUUUCUGAGAGAGACCUUUUCUUGCCUGCCCAGACCUCGCACUGAGCCUCUGGUGGACUCGGAGAGCCUCAGACUUCAUCUGGAUCCUGAGUUGGAUCGGCACAGAUAUGAGAGGAAGAUCAGCUUUGCAGGGGUUCUGGAUGAAAAUGAAGACUCAAAAGAUUCUCUCCACAGCAGCAGCCACACCCUCAAAUCAGAUACAGCUGUUGAGGAGAAGAAAGUUCCCAGCAGGAAGAUCAGGAUAGGAGGUUCUCGCCUGCUCCAGAUUAAAGGAACCCGCAGUUUCCAGGUGAAGAAGGGGGGUUCCUUGUCCAGCAUUCGCCGGGUCGGCAGCUUAAAGAGCAGCAAGUUAUCACGGCAGGACUCAGAGUCUGAGGCUGAGGAGCUGCAGCUGUCCCAGAGCAGGGACACUGUCACUGACCUAGAAGGAAGUCCUUGGAGUGCAAGUGAGCCCAGCAUUGAGCCAGAGGGAACGGGCAGCGCCGGCACAGAGGAAAACUACCACAGGAGCAUGUCCUGGCUUCAUGUUAUGAUCUUGCUAUGCAAUCAACAAAGCUUCAUAUGCACACAUGUUGACUACUGCCAUCCCCACUGCUACUUGCACCACAGCCGCUCCUGUGCCCGGCUGGUCAGGGCCAUUAAACUGCUCUAUGGAGACAGUGUGGACUCCCUGAGGGAGAGCAACAAUGUCAGUAAUGUGGCUUUGCGGGGCAAGAAACAGAAAGAGUGUUCAGAUAAGUCAUGCCUGAGGACACCUUCUCUGAAGAAGAGAGUUUCAGAUGCCAACCUGGAAGGGAAAAAGGAUUCUGGAAUGUUGAAGUACAUCAGGCUUCAGGUGAUGAGCUUAUCUCCAGCUCCCUUGUCUCUGCUAAUCAAGGCAGCACCAAUUCUGACAGAGGAGAUGUAUGGAGACAUUCAGCCAGCUGCAUGGGAGCUCCUACUCAGCAUGGAUGAGCACAUGGCAGGGGCAGCAGCCGCCAUGUUCCUGCUGUGUGCAGUGAAGGUCCCUGAGGCUGUCUCAGACAUGCUGAUGUCAGAGUUCCACCACCCAGAAACUGUGCAGAGACUAAACGCUGUCCUCAAGUUCCACACACUCUGGAGGUUUCGCUAUCAGGUCUGGCCCCGCAUGGAGGAGGGAGCGCAGCAGAUUUUUAAGAUCCCACCUCCCAGUAUAAACUUCACCCUGCCCUCUCCUGUGCUUGGCAUGCCAUCUGUCCCAAUGUUUGAUCCUCCGUGGGUCCCUCAGUGCAGCGGAAGUGUACAGGACCCCAUUAAUGAAGACCAGUCUAAAUCCUUUUCAGCCCGAGCUGUGUCCCGCUCCCAUCAAAGGGCAGAACACAUCUUAAAGAACUUGCAGCAGGAGGAGGAGAAGAAACGUCUUGGUCGAGAAGCCAGCCUCAUCACCGCCAUCCCUAUCACACAGGAGGCUUGCUACGAGCCCACCUGUACCCCCAGCUCAGAGCCGGAAGAAGAAGAAGAAGUCACCCAUCUGGCAUCCCGUCGGCUGUCUGUGAGCCCUUCCUGUACCUCCAGCACUUCCCACAGGAACUACUCCUUUCGCCGAGGGUCAGUCUGGUCAGUGCGCUCAGCAGUCAGUGCCGAAGAUGAGGAACACACCACUGAACAUACACCAAAUCACCAUGUGCCUCAGCCCCCACAAGCAGUAUUCCCAGCAUGCAUCUGUGCAGCUGUACUUCCCAUAGUUCAUUUAAUGGAGGAUGGUGAGGUGCGGGAAGAUGGAGUAGCAGUAAGUGCUGUGGCCCAGCAAGUCUUGUGGAACUGUCUAAUUGAAGAUCCAUCAACAGUUCUUCGACAUUUUCUGGAAAAACUGACCAUCAGCAAUAGACAAGAUGAGUUGAUGUACAUGCUACGCAAACUUCUCUUAAAUAUUGGAGACUUUCCUGCACAGACAUCUCACAUCCUUUUCAACUACUUGGUGGGAUUAAUCAUGUAUUUCGUGCGAACCCCCUGUGAGUGGGGGAUGGAUGCCAUUUCUGCCACUCUGACUUUCCUGUGGGAGGUGGUCGGGUAUGUGGAAGGCCUUUUCUUCAAAGACCUCAAGCAGACGAUGAAGAAAGAGCAAUGUGAAGUAAAGCUCCUGGUGACUGCUUCCAUGCCAGGUACCAAAACCUUGGUAGUUCAUGGACAGAAUGAGUGUGAUAUCCCAACCCAAUUACCGGUACAUGAAGACACUCAAUUUGAAGCCCUGUUGAAGGAGUGUCUGGAGUUUUUCAAUAUCCCAGAAUCCCAAGGGACACAUUAUUUCCUCAUGGAUAAACGAUGGAACCUUAUCCACUACAAUAAGACCUACGUUCGAGAUAUUUACCCCUUCCGGAGGUCAGUAUCUCCACAAUUGAACCUUGUACAUAUGCAUCCGGAGAAGGGACAGGAGCUCAUUCAGAAACAGGUGUUCACUCGGAAGCUGGAGGAGGUGGGACGGGUGUUGUUUCUCAUCUCCUUAACCCAGAAGAUCCCCACAGCCCACAAGCAGUCCCAUGUCUCCAUGCUUCAGGAAGACCUCCUCCGGCUGCCCUCCUUCCCUCGGAGUGCAAUCGAUGCUGAGUUUUCACUCUUCAGUGAUCCUCAAGCUGGGAAGGAACUGUUUGGCCUUGACACUCUUCAGAAAAGCUUGUGGAUCCAGCUCCUGGAGGAGAUGUUCCUGGGCAUGCCGAGCGAAUUUCCCUGGGGAGAUGAAAUCAUGCUUUUUCUCAAUGUUUUUAACGGGGCUUUGAUCCUCCACCCAGAAGAUAGUGCCUUGCUCAGGCAGUAUGCUGCCACAGUCAUCAACACAGCUGUGCACUUCAAUCACCUCUUUUCUCUCAGCGGCUACCAGUGGAUUCUCCCCACCAUGCUGCAGGUAUAUUCUGACUAUGAAAGCAAUCCCCAGCUGCGCCAAGCUAUCGAAUUUGCCUGUCACCAGUUCUACAUUCUGCACCGGAAGCCCUUUGUGCUCCAGUUGUUUGCUAGUGUGGCCCCUCUCCUGGAGUUUCCUGAUGUUGCCAAUAAUGGGCACAGCAAAGGUGUGUCAGCUCAGUGCCUAUUUGACUUGCUACAGUCCCUGGAGGGAGAGACUGCUGACAUAUUAGACAUCCUAGAACUGGUCAAAGCUGAGAAGCCCCUUAAGUCAUUAGAUUUCUGCUAUGGAAAUGAGGAUCUGACUUUCUCUAUCAGUGAAGCCAUUAAGCUCUGUGUCACUGUGGUGGCAUAUGCUCCUGAGUCAUUCAGAAGUCUUCAGAUGCUGAUGGUCUUGGAAGCCUUAGUUCCAUGUUAUCUACAAAAACUAAAGAGGCAAACAUCACAAGUCGAGACAGUACCUGCUGCCCGAGAAGAGAUCGCUGCCAUGGCUGCUCUUGCAACAUCUCUACAAGCCCUUCUUUACAGUGUGGAGGUCCUCACCAGGCCCAUGACAGCCCCACAGAUGAGCAGGUGUGAUCAAGGUCACAAGGGAACCACCACAGCCAAUCACACCAUGUCGUCUGGUGUAAACACCAGGUACCAGGAACAAGGAGCCAAACUGCACUUCAUAAGGGAAAACCUUCACUUAUUGGAAGAAGGGCAAGGCCUUCCCAGAGAAGAACUGGAUGAACGAAUGGCUCGGGAAGAGUUUAGAAGACCACGGGAAUCCCUGCUGAAUAUUUGCACAGAAUUCUACAAGCACUGUGGGCCAAGGCUGAAGAUCUUGCAGAACCUGGCUGGGGAGCCACGGGUUACUGCCCUGGAGUUGCUGGAUGUGAAGUCCCACAUGAGGUUGGCAGAAAUUGCACAUUCCCUUCUGAAGCUGGCACCUUAUGACACCCAGACAAUGGAGAGCCGUGGGCUUCGGCGCUAUAUCAUGGAGAUGCUACCCAUUACAGACUGGACAGCUGAGGCAGUGAGGCCAGCCCUUAUCCUCAUUCUAAAGAGAUUGGAUAGAAUGUUCAACAAAAUUCAUAAGAUGCCUACUUUGAGGCGACAGGUUGAGUGGGAGCCUGCCAGCAAUUUGAUUGAAGGGGUUUGUUUGACACUUCAGAGGCAGCCAAUCAUAUCCUUCCUGCCUCACCUUAGGUCACUGAUCAAUGUCUGUGUCAAUCUGGUGAUGGGAGUGGUAGGACCUUCCAGUGUUGCUGAUGGAUUACCCCUUCUUCAUCUCAGCCCUUAUCUCUCACCACCUCUGCCCUUCAGCACAGCUGUUGUCCGGCUUGUAGCAUUGCAGAUACAGGCUUUAAAAGAAGAUUUUCCUUUAAGCCAUGUGAUCUCCCCAUUCACCAAUCAAGAGCGAAGGGAGGGAAUGCUUUUAAAUCUACUCAUCCCAUUUGUGCUCACAGUAGGAUCUGGAAGCAAAGAUAGCCCAUGGCUGGAGCAGCCUGAGGUGCAGCUGCUGCUGCAGACUGUCAUUAAUGUGCUCCUGCCACCACGGAUCAUCAGCACAUCCAGGAGCAAGAACUUCAUGCUGGAGAGCUCCCCUGCCCACUGUUCCACCCCUGGGGAUGCAGGGAAAGACUUGCGCAGGGAAGGGCUGGCUGAAUCCACCAGCCAAGCAGCAUACUUGGCUCUGAAGGUGAUUCUUGUCUGCUUUGAGAGGCAGCUGGGAAGCCAGUGGUACUGGCUGAGCCUGCAGGUGAAGGAGAUGGCCCUGCGGAAGGUGGGCGGCCUGGCCCUGUGGGACUUCCUUGACUUCAUCGUGCGCACCCGGAUUCCCAUCUUCGUGCUCUUGCGUCCUUUCAUCCAGUGCAAGCUUCUGGCCCAACCUGCAGAGAACCAUGAAGAACUCUCUGCGCGGCAACAUAUUGCUGACCAGCUGGAGAGGCGCUUCAUACCUCGUCCUUUGUGUAAGAGCUCACUCAUUGCUGAGUUCAACAGUGAACUAAAAAUUCUAAAAGAAGCAGUACACAGUGGAUCAGCCUACCAAGGGAAGACAUCCAUCAGCACUGUGGGCACCUCCACCUCUGCUUACCGCCUGAGCCUGGCCACCAUGUCCCGCUCCAACACGGGCACAGGCACUGUCUGGGAGCAGGACAGUGAACCAUCCCAGCAGGCUUCACAGGACACCCUGAGUCGGACUGAUGAGGAGGAUGAGGAAAAUGAUUCCAUAAGCAUGCCCAGUGUGGUAAGUGAACAGGAAGCUUACCUCCUGAGUGCCAUUGGAAGGAGACGGUUCUCCAGUCACGUCUCCAGCAUGUCUGCACCUCAGGCCGAGGUGGGCAUGCUACCCAGCCAGAGUGAACCUAAUGUCCUCGAUGACUCCCAGGGCCUGGCCGCUGAGGGCAGCCUCUCUAGGGUGGCAAGUGUGCAGAGUGAACCUGGCCAACAGAACCUCCUCAUUCAGCAGCCGCUGGGGAGGAAGAGGGGCCUGAGGCAGCUAAGGCGUCCUCUACUAUCACGUCAGAAGACACAGACUGAACCCAGAAACCGCCAUGGAGCUCGGCUGUCAACUACUCGCAGGAGCAUUCAACCUAAAACAAAGCCAUCUGCUGAUCAGAAACGAUCUGUGACCUUCAUUGAGGCUCAGCCAGAACCAACAGCUGGCCCAGUAGUAGACACACUUCCUGCUACAGGCCAACCCCAGGGCUGCAGCCCAGCCCUCUCCAGGAAACCAGAAGGAAUGGACAAACCAGUGCUCACGUCUUCCCCUGCCAUAGUUGUUGCGGAUCUCCACAGUCUAUGUUCCAAGCAGAGUGAGCACCUCCCCACUGAAGAAGGAGAAAAGAAGGAGGACACAGAAGUGCAAGGUGCUGCAGCACACAGUCCCCUUUCUACUCAACUUUCAGACCCUGAUGACUUCACUGGCCUUGAGACAUCCAGCCUCUUACAGCAUGGAGACACUGUCCUUCACAUCAGUGAGGAAAAUGGCAUGGAAAAUCCUCUACUGGCCAGCCAGUUCACUUUUACUCUCACUGAGACAGAUGUAGUCCUAGAUGAAUCUCAUGUUUAG